AUGGGAGGACAGGAGUUUUCGUAUGUACCGAAGAUUAUGAACGGUGGAUUGGCUGGGAUAGUGGGGGUGACCUGUGUGUUCCCGAUUGACCUCGUCAAAACUCGGCUCCAAAACCAGCCAAUUUUGCCUAAACGGACAGGUACAGUACAAAGGAAUGUGAACAGACAUAGAAGCGCUGUCGUAUGCCUCACCGGCCGACCUACAGUUGACUGUGCAAAACAAACAUGGAGAUCCGGCGGAGCCUCUGUAUUUUCCAAGGUUCGAUUUUUUAUAAUCGACUUGGGAAAGGACCCUUGCUUGCAUAUGUUUCAUAGCUUCCAUUCAUGCUGUGUUAAUUUCGAUACUUUACUGCUUGAACAGGUUCAUGCGUUGUACUCUGGAUCGGCAGUCAAUAUAGUCCUCAUAACUCCCGAAAAAGCCAUCAAGUUGGUAGCCAACGACUUCUUUCGACACCAUCUCUCUGUGCCCGGACAAAAGAAGCUGUCAGCAUGGCGAGGAAUGAUCGCAGGAGGAAUGGCCGGCAUGUUCCAGAUUAUAGUAACCACUCCCAUGGAGCUACUCAAAAUACAGAUGCAAGAUCAGGGACGAACCGCAGUUCCUGGCCAAAAGAAGAUGACGGCGCUCGAACUCACCACUAAACUUUUGAGAGAAAAUGGCAUAGCAGGGCUGUACAAAGGGUUAGGAUCUACUUUCGCUAGAGAUGUAACAUUUUCUAUGAUGUACUUCCCUUUAUUUGCUUACCUAGACUCACUGGGACCUCGUAAAAGUGAUGGAAGCGGCGACGCAGUUUUUUGGACUUCUUUUGUAGCUGGUCUAGCAGCAGGAGCCUCAUCGUCGUUUGCGGUCACUCCCCUUGAU